GGUCCAUUCUAAAAGCCGCCAACCCGAAAAACCGCGAUUUUUUCCCUCCAAAAUUGUGUCUUUAUUGUCCUUCUUUCAAUGCCCUAAAUUUGAAUAGGGUUUUUCAGUGAUGAGUGCGAUGGGUUCUGCGGGCAAAGACGAUCGCGGAAAUACUUCGAUCCACGAAGAUUUUGAUUUCGUCGAAACUCAACCAUUUGACGCCGCUUCCCCCGUUUGUGGUGAUGACAAGUGGCGAUACUUCGAAGACACUGUGCCUUUCGAUGACGACGUAUUGGAAACUGACCCUGAAGAGGUGAAUCUUGCCGGAGAAACUCAGGUGUUGGAAUUUGAUGGUGAAACUCAGGCGUUGGAUGAUGGUGAUACGCAGUUAUUUGAGGAAGGUUUGGAAUCUGAUGGAACAGAGGUUUUGGACAAUGUGGGUGAUGAGGUAUCGGUUGAUGAUCCUCGAUGCGGUGACAAUGACAGUGGUGAAUCACCGGAGAGAAAGGGUGAACCCUCUUGUGACCAUGGUGACAAGACUUGUCAUCUUACUGCUACACAAAGCAGUUCUGGUUCAAUGCCACCGCAGUUUACUUUUCUACGUGCAGAAUCUUUGCGGAAAGCUGCUCUAGCUACCCGCAAUAUGGCUUCAAAACAAACCCCGGACGAGAUCAUUUCUGUUAUGGGUACAAACAAGUUUUGUCAGGACCCACUGGCUGUAAAGGAUAAGGGGGAAUCCUUUCCUAGAUGUUCUGAGAAAGUUAAGGAAGUUGUUCAGGAAAAUGAGCAUGGGAAAUACAGUGUGGAAAUCCAGGGAUGUAAGAGCAAAAGUAUGUGCAAGGUUGCUAAUUCAGCAGCGAGAAAACUUUUCAAUGGUGAUUUAUUUGUUGAAAUGAAUGGACCUUCUCUUAGCAGCAACGAUUUAAAUGAAGGAGAUAGCUUGGACAAAUUGCCUGUCUUCCAUCGUGAAUUGGAAGGGUUAAGCUAUGCUAACUCUCAAGAACCUGGAGAGUUGUCACAAGUCAAUGCUCUUGAUUUUGUAGAUAGGUUUCUCAAUGACAAUAUCAUGGAUUUUGAUCAAGAAACAAACCAUAUUAAGAAUAUGGAGGAAAAGUCAAGACCCAUGCCCAGUACACAAGGGCAACAUAGUUUGGCCAAGAGAGUUAAUGAUAGAGGCAAAUCUGGAAGAACUGGAAUUUAUGAUUGGGAUGAUAGCCUUGAAGAUGAAGGUGGGGGAGAUAUAUUCCUAAGAAGAAAGGAAGAUUUUUUUAAGAGUGAAACACAUAGGCCAAGGUCUUUGCCUGGAUUCCAGAAGGGCAAGGUACGGAGACAAAAUGAUGAUAAGGAUGAUGAGGAGCAAUUAAGUAUACCUAAUAAAAGAAAGACUGCCAUUCAUUCAGAUUCAAGGUUAGGAUUGCAUCAUCUGAAAUUAAGUGACAAUUCUAUACAAGAAGCAACAAGAAACUUAAAACGGAAUCUUGCUAAGGAGCUGGAUGAACAAGUUAACACCAAUUGUUCUAGAGGAGAGACAGACCCUAGUGCUAAUGCAGAUGCACAAGAAAUGUUAGGUGUAGGUUUAGAUACUCAAAUGGCUGCUGAAGCUAUGGAAGCCUUAUGCAAUGCUGAGGAUAAUGUUGAUCAUGUUGCUAAUAAUUCUGUUCAUGUUACUAGAAGUGGUUUAACUUAUCAACUUAAUAACUCUUCCUCUUCCACUGGUAAAAUGGGGCAGGUUUCAUCAAAUGAACAUUUGGAACGGUAUGACAGGAAAAGAAAAGUCAAUGUCAAAUCAAAAUUACAAACUUCAGGUUUAUCAAAGGAAAAUACUAAAGAAGUCAGACAUUGCAAAAAGGACAAUGUGAUGACAAGAUCGAAGAAAAGUAAGUUGACUGCAGUAGGCAGCCAACCCUCCAGUCCUAAUGAAAAUGGUAGAGUAACAAUAUCUCCAAUAAUUGAACAAAGAAAGUUAGCAGGAGCACUGAAAGAAUAUCAGCUUGGUGAGUUGAAUAAUCCUGAUGGCAAUGCUGGAGGAAGUAGAGGGAGGUUGGUCAAGAAAAGGAAAUUACAGGAUGAUGUUUGGCAUUUUACACCAGUUGCCCGUAGAACCAGAAAGUCCUUAGCAGUGAGAGAAGGGGAUAUGGGGACUGGUUCCCUUGAGAAAAGCGGUGGAGUUGUCCAACAGGUGUCCAAAGCACUGGAUUCUAAAUCUACUGCAAGGUCUUCUGAUCACUUUGAAGUAGAUGAUAAUUCCAAGUUGUGUCAACCUGAGAAAUUGGCUCCAAAGGAAAGUGCUGUUAGUGUUAGUCAUGAUGUCGAAAUGGAUAAAUUAGAUUGUCCUAAAAGAAGGAGAUCUCUUAGGAUUAGGAAGUUGUCUAAUCAUGAUAAAGAAUCUGAGACAUUAGUUGGUUCAUCUAAACCAUCUGCACAACCUGAAGAUAUUGUGAAAUCUAUUGCUGGGAAGAGAAAAAUGAGGAUAGAUUCGGCUGUCAAAUCACAUGAGAAUUGUGGAACUCGCACAUCUUCAGAUGGUGGUUCAGUAAUAUCUUCUGUUGACCGAAAACAAGAGAAAACAUCAGAGCUAAGUUCUGAUAAAGCAAAUCCUAGGGAUAAUACCUAUAAUUUUGAAGCCACCAGUUCAGAUGAAUGGGCUAGAGAGAGGUACAAGUCAUCUGAUUUGGCUUCUGCAACUCCAACUAAUUGUAAGACGCCAGUAAAUGAUGCAUCACCUAUUUGUAUGGGUGAUGAUUAUUACAAACAAUCGUGCAAUAGAAAUCUUUCAAGAUCAUGUCUUCUCAAAGUAUUUCGUCAUGAGCUCCAUAGAGAACUUCGAAGCUUGAGUGCUAUCAGACCAGAGUUAGUGACCCCAUCUAAAGAUUCAAGGAAGAGAAAGGAUAUGACUGAAGUUCGACUUCUUUACAGCCACCACUUGGAUGAAGAUAUUAUUAAGCAUCAGAAGAAGAUUUUAUCAAAGCUUGGAUUUUCUGUGGCAUCCUCCAUUGCAGAUGCAACCCACUUCAUAGCUGAUCAAUUUUUGCGCACAAGGAAUAUGUUAGAAGCUAUUGCUCAUGGCAAACCAGUGGUCACACACUUAUGGAUUGAGAGCUGUGGACAAGCUAGCUGUUUUAUUGAUGAGAGAAAUUAUAUACUAAGGGAUGCAAAAAAGGAAAAGGAGUUAGGUUUCAGCAUGCCAGUGUCCCUAGCACGCGCAAUCCAAUGUCCGCUUUUAGAGGGUCGAAGAGUAUUGAUCACCCCAAAUACUAAACCCAGUAAAGAGAUUAUUUCAAGUUUAGUGAAGGCAGUUCAGGGCCUGGCAGUGGAGAGAGUUGGCAAGUCUGUUUUGAAGAACCAUAAAAUUCCAGAUGAUCUACUGAUCCUAUCUUGUGAAGAUGAUUAUGCCUCUUGUGUGCCUUUUCUUGAAAAGGGGGCAAUAGUGUACAGUUCAGAGCUAUUGUUGAAUGGCAUAGUUACUCAGAAGCUGGAGUACCAUAGGCAUCAUCUUUUUGCAGACAAUGUGAAGAAAACCCGUUCCACCAUAUGGUUGAAAAGAGAUGACAGAACAUUUACUCCUGUGACUACAUGUAAUUAGAGUUGCUCCAUUUAUACUUAAUUUUCCCCAUUAUCGUUUGUAGUUUAGACCAUUUGUAGAUAUUUUCCAAUACUUGCCCAAACCCCCUCCCCCAUGUAAUAUAUUAUUUAUCAUGUAGAAGCCUUUGAAGUAUGCUUUUGCCCCCCUUUCUUUCAAGUCACUUUGCAUCCUUUUGCGAUCGUUUUGUGAAGAUUUUGAUGCUCAUAAGAGCGAGUAUAUAAUCUCACCCCAGUCCUCAAUUGCGCUUGGGUGAUGAAUGUGCUUGAUUGGAUUCGUGUUAUAAACUUCAUUUG